CCGGGCCUGGACUCCCGCAGCAGGUGCCGGGCCGCAGCGCCGCUUACGCCCUCGCCUGUGUGUCCCUCCGGCGGCGCCGCCAUGUCGGACUGGGUGUCUUACUACCGCAGCGAGCGGGAGGAGGAGGAGGAGGAGCCGGAGGAAGGCGCGGAGCCGGGCGGAGAUUAUCAAUACUCAGGUCGGGACAGUCUGAUUUUCUUAGUUGAUGCCUCCAAAGCCAUGUUUCAGUCCUAUGAAGAAGGUGAGGAUGAUGAUGACUGGACUGCUUUUGAGAUGACAAUCCAGUGCAUCCGGAAUGUGUAUACCAGCAAGAUUAUCAGUAGUGACAGAGACCUCCUGAGCGUUGUGUUUUAUGGUACUGAGAAAAACAAAAACUCAGCAGAUUUCAAACAUGUUUAUGUUCUUCAGGAGUUGGACAAUCCAGGUGCACAGCGAGUGCUAGAACUGGACAAGUACAAGGGAAACCGGGGGAAAGCACUCUUUCGUGAGUCAUUUGGCCAUAAUAAUGAAUACUCACUGGGUGAGGCAUUUUGGGCCUGCUCUAAUCUCUUCAGUGAUGUCCAGCUCAAGAUGAGCCACAAAAGGAUUAUGCUGUUCACCAAUGAAGAUAAUCCUCAUGCCAAUGACAGCACUAAAACCAAGCUGGCUAGGACCAGAGCUGCUGACCUUCGAGACACAGGUAUCAUCCUUGAUUUAAUGCACUUGAAGAAGCCUGGGGGGUUUGAUAUAUCCACGUUCUACAGAGAUAUCAUUAACGUAGCAGAAGAUGAGGAUUUAGGAGUCCAGCCUGUUGAGUCAGGGAAACUGGAAGAUCUCAUGAAGAAAGUACGAGCAAAGGAGACAAAGAAACGGGCUUUAGCCAGGAUAAACUUUUAUCUGUGCAAAGACAUAUUCUUCACUGUUGGUGUUUACAACUUGGUCCAAAAAGCAAUAAAGCCAUAUCCAGUGAAGCUUUAUCGGGAAACCAAUGAGCCAGUUAGAACUAAGACACGAACAUUUAACCAAGAGACAGGUAGUUUGCUUCUACCUAGUGAUACCAAGAAAGCUCAGACAUAUGGGAACCGUCAGAUUGUAUUGGAGAAAGAGGAGACUGAGGAACUGAAGAAAUUUGAUUCCCCAGGUUUGGUUUUGAUUGGCUUCAAACCUUUGGCAAUGCUCAAACAGCAUCAUCACAUUAAGCCCUGUCAGUUCAUCUAUCCUGAGGAGUCCUUGAUGAGUGGGAGUAUGACUCUGUUUAAUGCCUUAUUGACCAAGUGCCUGGAGAAAGAAGUGAUGGCAUUGUGCAGAUAUGUCCCCCGCCGGAACACUCCCCCCUACUUUGUGGCCAUGAUCCCUCAAGAGGAAGAGCUGGAUGAGCAGAAUGUGCAGACAGCCUCUCCAGGUUUCCACCUCAUUUUCCUGCCCUAUGCAGAUGACAUACGGAAAAUUGACUUUACAGAGAAGGUGCCAGCCAAUGAAGAACAAGUGGACAAAAUGAAGGAAAUAGUCCAGAAGCUUCGAUUCAAGUACAGGAGUGACAGCUUUGAGAACCCCGUCCUGCAGCAGCACUUUAGGAACCUGGAGGCCUUGGCACUGGGCAUGAUGGAGCCUGAACAAGCUGAGGAUCUGACAAUGCCUAAAGCUGAGGAGAUGAAUCGCAGACUGGGUAAUCUAGUGGAAGAGUUUAAGCAGCUGGUUUAUCCACCUGAUUACAGUCCUGAGGGAAAGGCUGGGAAACGAAAGCAAGGAGGUGGUGAUGUGCAAGUGGAGAAAAAGCCCAAGAUAGAAAUCUCUGAGGAUGAGCUGAGGAGUUUUGUGCAGAAGGGCACUCUUGGCAAGCUCACUGUGCCUGCUCUGAAGGAGGCAUGCAAGGCUUAUGGGCUAAAGGUUGUUGGGAAGAAGCAAGAACUUUUGGAUGCACUAACUGAGCAUUUCAGGAAGCAUUAACCAGGAACUAGUGCCUAGGGUGACUCCCUUCUGCUAAAUUCAGUCUCCUUACAGGGCUGGUUUGUUGGGCUGAGUUCAGUUUUUUCAUCCAGAGGCAGAGGGCAAGAAGGAGAAAAUAACUCUGCUUCAAGUGUUGUAGUCUGUAGUGGAGAAGAAAGUUUAUCCUGCUGGCGAUAGGUAUAUGCCAACUUGUUUUUUGCUGAUGGCAGCCAAGGGUAAAACAAGCUAUCCCCAACUCUGGACUUAUGUUUUAAAAUCAAUGCUGUUGUGCCAUCUAGGUUUCUAAAUAAAUGCAAGCAUACUUUGUA